AUGAGUAGUGACGAAGGACCACUUCCCGAAUUACCAAAAGUCAAACUGACGAAAGCUGAAAAGAAAGCGAAAUAUCGAACGGAUUUUCCGGAACCUAUCAAAUCAAGGAGAGAAUAUAUCUCGGUAGGUAUCCUAGGAAACCAUUAUAUCCUCUUAAUAUUCUCAAAAUCAAAUUAACCUAUUCCAGAGAUUAAACGAUAAUGACGUUGAUCUGCGAACCAGUUUAUAUGAGAAAGCAUUCUUAGAAUAUUUUGAAACCGAUUUUCGAGAAACUGACAAUAUUUUCGAUUCGGUUGUCAAACAUUUCAAAGCAAUGCCAGAUCGAACCAAACAAAAUCCAAGCAAUGCUGCUGGAACUUAUUUGAGGACUUUUCAAAAAUGGCUAUCUGAUCGAGAAGAUUUUGAUGCGAUAAAGGAAAAGUAUUUGACAAGAGAUGUUCGAAUUGCAGCAUUGAUAAGUUCUACUGAUGUUAUGCAUCAUUUUCCGAUGAUCUCCGAUAUUUUUGAUUUGCAUAAUGAAGAUUUAUCGAGCAUUUUGCUGGAAAGUAUCAAUGAGAAAAUCGCGAAAUUGGAAUUCAAAGAAGCAGCGGAUAUCAUAACGAAGAAAGGAUUCAAGGAUAAAUUCACUCUCGAAGAUAUUGUUAUCCCUUUGGUUUUGCAGGAUAAGACAGUUAUAGCAUAUGAGUAUAUGAGAGAUCAACCUCGUCUUCAAAAACAAUAUCUCAAAUGGCUCGACCAAUUUAUUGGUGAACCUGAAGAAAGUGUUGAAGCAAAACUAGCUAUUUGGCGAAAAAGAAGUAUCAUGACUGUGAAUCCGAGUAAAUUUGUUGGAAAGGCUCUAGAAAAGUAUAUGAAUUCUAUAUUCAACAAAGUUGCGAAGGAAUAUGAAUUUGAUUUGGAGCAAGCUAGAGAUUCACCGAACUUUGAUAGCAAACGAAAUGAUAAAGCUUUGAAACACUUGGUUAGCACACGAUUCGAUAAAGAUGCGAAACAUCAAUCGACAGAUGAUGUCUAUUUCCAACACAUAGGAACUACUCUAACUCAUUGUACAACUAAAAUACGCGAAGGUUUUCUGCAUUAUUUAUGGUCUUCGGGAGAACGAGAAAAAAGGUGUGUUUUUGAAAAAAAAAUGUAGGGAGAGACGUAGUUGGCAUAUUUCAAAAUUCCGCUCGUUCAUCGAGUGAUGCCCUAUUCUACAAUUCGCCUCAAAUUUUAUAUUUUUCAGAAUCGACGCAUUGAGUUGGGUAAAACAUCUGAACAUCGACCUGAUUAUUGAAUUUGUUCCUGUAGAUAUGCUCGAUUUUUAUCGAAAAAACGAAGAUCCUAGCAUGAUUCGAGAAGCUGAAAAUUUGAUCGUGAAAAGGAAGUCACUGUAUGUUGCGGAUGAUAGAAUAUUGAGUAUAGAUGUGAAAGGGAGAAAUAUUCGAAUCAGUCUUGUUGAAAACGAUGCUGCAAUGGAACAUUUGUGCACAAGAUUGAAGUUUUUCGCGAAGCCAAAUGAAGAGCGUUUAGUUGGAAUUGAUACAGAAUGGAAACCAUCACAUUUGAUCGGAUCAACUGUUUUCAAAAUAGCGAUAAUGCAGGUUUAUAUCGAUGAUACGGUAUAUUUAAUUGAUUGUGUGAAACUUGAAACUGAUUCGACGAUGAGAAAUGCCACAUGGUUGAAAUUUGCGCAACGACUUCUGAAGGACCCGAAUUUGAUUGUUAUAGGAUUCGAUUUGAAGAAUGAUAUUGAUGCAUUGUUAUCAAUUAAUGCCUUGAGAGAUAAUUUCAAAUUGGAAACAUCACAAAAUAUUCUGGAUUUGAAAAGAUUCACUGAAAAUGUGAGUUACUUUGGGAUUACGAUCUCGGAAUUUGUCAAACUUUAAAUUCAACAAUGAAAACUUACUUAUUCACAAUUUUUACUUUUUCAGAUUUGCGAAGUCGACAUGGAAAUCUUGGGUCUUCUUCGGAAAACAUUCAAAUUGGCUGAUUUAACAGAGAAGUUCUUGAAUAUAUCGCUCAACAAAGCUGAACAAUGCAGUAAUUGGCAAAGUCGUCCACUGCGAAAACAACAAAUCGAAUAUGCUGCAAUGGAUGCUGUAGUCGUUGUUGAUCUUUUCAAUGUUAUCAGAGACUUUGCCCAAAAAUCAGGAAAAAUCGAGCAUUUUGAAGAUUUUGUGAAAGAAUGCAACAUAAUGGCACCGAAAAAGGAAAGUUCUCGAAAAGAUCAUCGAAAAUUGGACAACUUGACGUGGAAGGAAAUUUAUGAUGUUUUGAAAGACCGAAGGGAUCCAAGAAAACCACUGAAACGACCAAACGAGAUGCUAUGUAUUGUUGAUACAAUGUUAUUGGGAUUUGGAAAGUAUCUCAGAAGAUGUGGAAUUGAUGUGAUUAUACCAGUCGAUUUGCGAGAUUUUAAUAAAAAGUUGAAAGCCAUCAAAAGUUUGGGACCGGACAAAAUGCGACAUAUUCUAACAGUUCCAUCAAAAUCACACGAUGUUCUCAAGAAUGAAUAUCCUCACAAUGUGAUUGCAUUUCCUGAUUUGACUUUGAAAUCACCAAUUGAUCAAGUUUCCGAUUUUUUCGAUCAUUUCAAUAUCGAUCUUCAUCCGGAUGAUGUUUGUUUGCGAUGUGCUGUGAGUCAUUUCAAAUAUGUUUCUUUCAUUAAAUAAUGAAAUAAUAUUUGCAGGAUUGCAAUCAGGAUAACUUGGCGAAAUUUCCAUCUCCAUGUGUUCAGUUUUUGCACCAAUACAACAUCAUUCAUUUGCAAAAUGUUUAUCGAGCUGAUAUGUCGGAAUUCCCAUUGGAAGGUAAAUAUUUUAAAAUAUAUUUUUGCAAAAAUGUGAUUUUUUUUAAAGAUUGGUACCAAAAAAUGAAGCGAAUCAAACCUGAAGAUUAUGAAGGAAUCGAGGUGAAAAUGUCGAGACCAUCGAAAACUAGCGAUUGGAUUGUCGCGACAACUUCAGAGGCUAAUCUGCAUAUCACGUGAGUUUUGGGGAACAUCUGAAUUUUAAAAGGGAUGAAAAUUGAAUCUCCUGAAAUUAUUCCUGAUUUUCAUGCAUUUACAGAAAGAACGUGAUUAUCCACAACGAUUGCGUAGAAGCCGUUGAUGUUCGAAUCAACAAAGUUCCAGAUGACACGUUCCAACGGCCAAAUUUAGUUUUCUAUAUUUGUGGCGAUUGUGGAAAAGUGAAUUAUGACGGAAAAUUAAUAAAUCCGGUAAGUUUUUCGCUAUUUCUUCAACAAAACUCUAACACGAAGAUUUUUUUCAGGGUUCAACGUGUUCAUCGACCAGUAACAGUAACGAAUCUGUAUUAUCGACGGGUAAAAAAUAA